CCGGUCAGAUACUUAAAGGCAUGAAGCAAGCACUCUGCGUAUGGAGUUAAGUGGUCUCCAGGGCUUCAUAAAUCGUAUAGGUAUGCACUGGAUGGCUAGGAUGGUCAGGCGAUUGGAGAGUUUAAGUAUAAAUAAGAAGUGCAACGUAUAUGUGAUGGAUACACCAACACAAUUGGUCGUCAUUGAGGCAAGAGGGGCAUGAAUCAGGUGAAGACUUUGCAAAGUGAACGCAUAAACCGCAGGCUUCUCUGAAUACUUAUACUGGGACGAAAACGCAGAGCUUGUUAUGGUUUUGGUCCUUGGAACUGCAGACAUCCCGAGAAUGUACUCACUCCCAUUCACUGUCGAAGCAUCAUCUCGCGUCCUCACAACUUUUGGUCACUGAAACAAACACUUGCGACCACUGAAUCUACAGCCACCGCAUCCUCUAGACAAUCUAACGUAUUCGAGUGUGCUGCAAAGCAUAGCAAAAGGAAAUAAGGUCAAUAUGCGGCGCUCAAAGAAGCAGCGGCAGUGGAAGCUUCGUGAUAAGCUCCGUGCUCUUUUGACCAGAAACUCGUCUGAGGCGGCUACAAACCCCACCCAGCCAGAACAGCAAGAAAUUGUGGAAACACUGCCUCUGGCUGACAUGGGUAUUCAUGAACAUGUUCCUAGGGUUUCUUCUGAAAGUUCAGAGCUAUCACAGAACGGAACCAAAACGAUCAGACUGGUGAAUCCUCCCGCCUCUUCUGGGGAGCCUAACCCGGAAACUGUUGUUGAGGAUGAUCGCGACUCUUUGGUUGAUGGCUACCCAGGAAGAAUACUUCAAAGUGGGCGCUGGCGAGCGUCUGCCAAAAUUGAUGGGCUCAUUGGGGGUGAGCGCAGCAGCCUGAAAAAGCAAGACACCAGCGUCGGACCUGUAAGCAAAGAUGGGGAUGACCAAGGGCUAGCUGGCUUCGGAGGAGAUUCAGAUACUCCAUCAAUGAAUACCUUUUCAUCCUCUAAGAAAGAUAUAGCCAGCGCCUCGGAGAAAGUUUGCCAUUCUGAAGCUCUUGCCGGCAAAUCUACGCUGAUGAGAGACGCUCAUGCAAUUCAAAAGGCCAAGGAUAAUGCUGAAGUCAAGAAGAACGGCUCAGCUCACAGGCAUAGCGGUUCGAAAGCCGAGCAAAGUAACGGACGACGCGACCUCGACUCCCCGAUUAAACUUUGGAGAGAUUGGACUCAAAGGAAUGAUAUGUUUGAAAUUGCGGAAACUUCUAGUUCUGUGAAAGGUUCUAUCAGAUCUGAGAGCAGGCGCCCUAGUCUUGAAAGAACCGCAGAAUCGAACAUCGUCCCAAUGGCUCACAGCAAGGCCGAGAUGCUUCAGAAGGCGACCCCAGAUUCGAACGGAGCACUAACAUCCAGGGAGGACCGGCCUGAUAACAGUCAGCGUGUAGAUUUGGCGUUCAUUCCGCGCCCUAGCAAGAUUCCGCGUCGCAACCAAUCUACCGUUAGGGCCCGUUUUCGACGACCUUUGGAAGUGGUCACCAAACAUGGGGCCGCCGGCAAAGCCUAUCUCGAACGCGUGCUCAAUAAGAAAGAAAGGUUGGCAGGAAACAACCCAGUGGGUGUUGACCAAGAGCAGCAAUUGCAGCAUCAUGAUACAUCCUUGCAAUUUAAAGAUGCAGACUCAGGAUCCGGACUCGACAUAUAG